AUGACGGAGCUGGCGAGAGCCCGGGACUGGGAAGGAGGUUGCCUGGGUUCGACCACCCGGGUGGUGACCUCGAGCCCAUCCUUCGUCCCUGUAGCGCCUCAGUCUCCGCACUCGGGCACCCACGCGAUUUCGUGGCUGCUCCUCAAACUGGAAGGCCACACCCACCCCUCCCGCGAGAUCUGGCCCCUCACUGCUCACGCUCCUUGCGUCCGCUGGAAAGCCAAGGUCCAAGAGGAUGUGUCACCUGUGUGGGCUGAGAGAGUAAGUCCCAUAAACACACACACACACACACACACACACACACGGAAAGGCCUUACUCAUGUCUUGUGUCCCCUAGUCCUGCAAGGAACUGCAGGCCUCAGUGUGCAGCAGGGGCCCAAACUGCCGCAGGUGAGGGAGGACAGCCAGGUGGCCUUGGCCCGCCAGGUGGUGCAGUCCCAAGCCUGGGGGCAGCAGCUCCGUAUAGGGUGGAAGAAGGACGGUGUCUUCUUGUGUGACUCACAUGUCACCAAAGUCAGGUUCAGCCUGGGGGUCUGCGGGCCCCGGUGGCAGCUUUCCUGGGAGUCGCGUGGCAACCUCAACCUGCGGGACCUCGGGACCCUCAACGACAGCAGGGACCACACGGGCUGGGUGACCGUGGAGAUUCCUGAGUUGGAGAUGGCGCAGGGCAAUGGCACGAAGCGUGUGGCCGACAAAGGUUCCUCCUCUGCAGACCGCCUGCUGCCCAACGCGAACCACACCUCCAGCCACCCAGGACUCCUGGUCGCGCCGCCGGUGGCAGGGGCCGUGGCCGUGGCCGCCGUCGCGCCGAGGGCCCGUGUCUGGAGCGGCCGUGGCCGCGGGCGCGGGGACUCAGGUAACCGCGCAGGUAGCCGGGAGGACGGCGGGCGGUUUCCGCCGGCGACCCUGCCCCCGCGUGGCGGAGGCGGGAACUGCAGCUACUUGAAGCGGAGGAAGGCUGGAGAAAGCCAGGCGGUCUCCUGUGAUUUUCCCCUCUUAGUCUGUGGCAUCCCUCCCCCGCCCCCCACACCCGUGCAGGGGAUCCUCUCUAGGGUAACGUCCUCUACCAGCCCCGGGGGCGCCCAGAGAAGACUGAGGCGUGGCCAGUGGAGGGGCAGGUGCUGGACAUCCCCACGGAGGUCCAGACGGGUCUAUUCGAUCUCUUUCCCACAGCCCCCAGGCCCCCAGCCACGUUUGGCCCAGAAGCCUUGCCCCAGCCCCAGCCCCAGCCCGGGUCCCCCCAUCUCUACAGUCGGUGUCUCCCCUGACCCACGCCCCUCUGGGCAGCAGAAGCCAAGAGGGCUCCUCGAAGCGGGAAGAGGGAUCGGAACCCAGAAAAGACGCCCCCCCCCCCGCCAGUGGCCACGUGAAAAUGUGACUGAUUUCCAGAAGGGGUCGGGGAGCCCAGCCGCACAGCCCAAGACCCGUGUCCUCCUCACCAUGAGGCUGGAUUCCUCCCUCGCCCUCUGGGCACUCAAAGGCUCAUAAAGAAAGGAAAGGCAGAUUUUGUGGUGACUUGGGGGGCGUUAAAGAUAUCGGAGGGGUCGUCUGGGGGCCCCUGAGCCCCAGGAUGCCUGGAGGGGUCCGCUGUGGUGAGGGGGCUCUGUGAUGACAGGCCAGCUCCCUCCUCUUAUCCUUGGAGGGUCACGUCCAAUUAGCAGACAAGUGAUGCCCCCAACCUCUACCGGGCGCCUUGAGCUGGAGGCACCGCCCUCCCUGGGUAGGCUUGGACAUGGAUGGCGAGGCGGGACAUGGGGGUCCCUGGAAUUUAUCAGCCCCCGGGGGCUCUGGCUCCACCGUCACCUUGAAGUGACACCAGCUGGGACCGGCUCCCCUCCCCCAUUUCUGCUGUUUCCAUGGGGACAGAUGUCCAUUCGCAGCAGCAUCCGGGCCACGGCUGCCCGCCCCGGCGGAAAGGAGGGGCCGGGUGGGGGCAGGGCUGGCCUGAGAGCCUCCCCCCCCUCCCUCGGUUUCUCCAUCUUUGUAUCUGCGCGGGAUCGGCUCUCUCCGGGUUUUCACCUGACUUCAUACUCACUCUCCCUGUUUCCCUCAAGCCCUCUUAGUUGUGGGCCAUCCUUGUGAGCAAUGCAGGCUUCACCCCCAGCCGGGGUGGGGGACACCCGUCUCCCUUCUUUCCCUGGGGCCGGGAUCCCCGCCUCCCAGAAAGGACACUUGAAACGCACAA